AUGGCACCCCAUCAUAUCAAACUCCUCUUUAUUUGCCUCUCUUUCAUCUCUGUGAACCUGGUACAAGCCGACAACUAUAUUAUUCACAUGGACCUAUCCGCCAUGCCCCAAGCAUUCACCGGCCGCGAAAGCUGGUACAUGUCCACCCUUUCAUCUUUAUCAGCUAACACCAACGCAACAAUCCCCACUGCUAAACUUAUCUAUAGUUAUAACCAUGUUAUUCAAGGUUUCAGUGCGAGUCUCACACCGGCUGAACUUGAGGCCUUGAAAAACGCUCCGGGUUACGUUUCUUCCGUUAGAGAUAGACCCGUGAAGCUCGAUACUACUUACUCUUUCAAGUUUAUUGGCUUGAAUUCCCAUACCGGUGCAUGGCCGGUCUCGGAUUUUGGCAAAGAUGUCAUCAUUGGAGUGGUUGAUACUGGGGUUUGGCCUGAAAGUGAAAGCUUUAAUGAUGAAGGAAUGACUGAUGUUCAGGUGAAAUGGAAAGGGGAUUGCGAGAGUGGCACCGAAUUCAGCUCUUCACUCUGCAACAAAAAGCUAAUUGGUGCAAGGUCUUUCAAUAAAGGUUUGAUUGCCACCAAUCCCAAUAUCACCAUUUCAAUGAAUUCUACACGAGACACUGCAGGACAUGGGACUCAUACUUCAUCAACUGCUGCCGGAACCUACGUGAAAGAUGCUUCCUACUUUGGUUAUGCCAACGGAACCGCCCGAGGAAUGGCUCCAGGUGCUCGAGUUGCCAUGUAUAAAGUUUUUUGGCGUGAAGGCUCAUACACGACAGACAUAAUUGCAGCCAUCGAUCAAGCGAUUACAGACGGUGUCGAUGUUCUUUCGAUGUCAUUUGGCAUUGAUAAUCUUCAACUGUAUGAAGACCCCAUCGCAAUAGCCACAUUUGCUGCCAUAGAGAAGAACAUCUUCGUUUCUACAUCAGCAGGAAAUGCAGGACCGGGUUUGGGGACCCUACACAAUGGAAUCCCUUGGGUUUUAACUGUGGCUGCCGGUACAUUGGAUCGAACCUUCGGCGCAAGUAUAAGUCUCGGAAGUGAUGUUUUUGUCAAUGGUGCGGCUCUUUAUCCUGCGAAUUUCUCUUCAAGCCAAUUCCCAAUUGUUUUCAUGGACGCAUGUGAUGAAACAAGUGAAUUGAAGAAACUUGCAGGAAGCAUUAUUGUUUGCCAAGAUCCGGGCAGGGAAGAUUCACUCAGUUUCCAAUUUGACAACGUUCAAUUUGCGGGGAAUGUGGCUGGUGUCUUCAUAACAAAUAGCACCCAAUUGGAUAUAUUCAUUCAAAGCCCUUUCCCGUCUAUUUUCUUGGAACAAAAAGACGGCGAUGUUAUCAAGCGUUACAUUAAAACCAACAAAAACCCAAAAGCCAGAAUUGAGUUCAAAAAAACAUUCCUGGGUUCCAAACCUUCACCGACUGUAGCUAGCUAUACAUCUAGAGGACCGUCCUUCAGUACCCCAUCGGUUCUCAAGCCUGAUAUUAUGGCCCCUGGUGACUUAAUCCUAGCUGCUUGGCCGUCCAACAUCGCAGUGGCUCGUCUCAAUAACGAAACGAUGUUCUCUAACUACAAUUUUCUGUCGGGAACAUCCAUGGCAUGCCCCCAUGCUUCGGGAAUUGCUGCACUUCUCAAAGGGGCACAUCCGGAUUGGAGCUCCGCGGCAAUCCGUUCUGCCUUGAUGACUACGUCAGAUCCCAUCGAUAACAACGGCAGUCCUAUCAAGGAUACCGGCAACGGUUUUGGACCGGCCACUCCUCUAGCCAUGGGAGCUGGCCAUAUCAAUCCCAACAAAGCACUGAAUCCCGGACUCGUAUACGAUUCUACUGUUGAAGAUUAUAUCAAAUUUAUUUGCGGUCUAAAUUUUACGGCACAACAAAUCAAAACCAUCACGAAAUCAUCUUCAACCAACUGUUCCGACCCUUCGUUAGAUCUAAAUUACCCUUCUUUUAUAGCGUAUUUCAAUGGAACAAAUGUGACAGCGGAUUCGAAUACAACGUGGGAGUUUGGAAGAACUGUGACUAAUGUUGAAAAAGGAAGCUUCAUCUACAAAGCAACAUUGACACCAAUCAAGGGAUUUAAGGUAACUGUGGAACCAGACACGCUGGUGUUCAAGGAAUUAAACGAGAAGAAAAGCUUCAAGCUGAGGAUUGAAGUUCCACCAAAGCUUGACGAGGAAGUGUCUUUUGGUUAUCUCACUUGGGAAGAUAGUCAAGGAAAACAUGUUGUUAGAAGCCCCAUUGUCGCCACAAGUUACACCAUAGCCAAUUGAUAAACUCUUGUUUUUCA